AUGUAUGCAAAUAGUCAGUUAGAAAAGGCAGUAGAAGAAUUUUGUCAUAUAGUUGUGCAAACUUUAGCGCGUGGUGGAAAUGUUUUAGUACCGUCAAAUCCAUGUGGUAUAAUCUUUGAUUUGCUUGAGACAGCUAUUCGUGCCAAAGAUAAUUUCAGUGGUAAUAUCUUGCCUUUAUUUCCACAUGAUCAACCAACAGUAAAUAAAAAUAAUCAUAUCAAUCACAACAACAAUAGUAAUAAUGACGCUGGGAAUCCUACCAACAUGGUGACAACAACAGUCAAUAGUCAGUCGAAUAAUAAAACCACUUUCAAUUCAGCUACACCGUCAAAUAUGGAUUCAAUCGUAGUUAACAAUUAUGCCCAAUCUGCAAUUCGUAAUUCGUCUAUUACAUCUUCAGGAGGAUCAUCAUCGUCUGGUCGAGUGGCACGUUCACCAGUUUUUAUCUUAUCAAAUCAGGUUCAUGUUAGUUUAGCAUAUUCUAAUGCUUAUGGUGAAUGGCUGAAUGCUGCUAAAGAAGCUGUUCUGUAUACGGCAGAUUCACCUUUUCCUUUUCAAUCUCUCCUGCAAUCCGGUGAAUUGGUAGCUCUCAAAAGUUUAUAUGACAGUUCCUCAAGUAAGAAACUGUUAUCUGAUUCAUCUAGUGGGGUAUAUUCAAGUCGUAUUUUAACUUCACCGCUUCUUCUCGGUCCUGCUAAUUCAUCAUCAUCUGGUGGCUAUUUUGAAACUGGUGGUUCAAAUUCUUCCAAUCCUAUUUCUACAACUGCUGCUGCCAAUCUCGAUCCUGCUAUAUUGGCGUUAACAACAUCUACUGUUCGAGAUUCCAGUAGUAAUAAUCAUAAUGUAAGCGGUGGAAUUUGGCCUAAUUCACCAUGUCUCAUAUUUGCUAGCCAUCCAAGUCUUCGAUUAGGUCCAUCUGUACAUCUUACUCGAGCUUUGGCUUAUGGAAGUUUACGUUCAGGGAAUCGUAGCAGUAUACCGUCACACCAUUCAGUUAUAUUGAUUGAAUCUGGUGAUUAUGUACCAUCGUAUGAAUGCAAUUCAAAGUUAUUAUGUAGUCCUGAAACCCAUCUUCGAAGAGUUAUCACACCAUUUCUUCAAUCAGAAAAUAUUUCUGCUAAUCGUACAACUUUUUCUCAAUCAGGCACACCAGCAUUAUCAAUCAGUGAUACAGCCACUGUGUAUUGGUUACCAAUGGAAGCACGAAUCGGCGUGAAUCAAAUAAAUCAAUUAGUGAAACGCUGUGGUGAACCUCGGCUAGCAUUGAUUCUUCCCCAGGAAGUUUGUGACCAACCAAUGAUUUUGACUAAUAUUACUGCAACAUCAGAACAGUUAACAACAAAAAUUCAUGGUAUAUCGUAUAGUCAACAAUUGUGUCUUAGCCUACCAGAUUCACGUUUACAACAAGUUCGUGUAUCAUCAAAAUUGGUAAGUACAAUAAAACCAGUCUACAUUACCCUACAAUCUGAAAACUUCAAUUCAAUAACCAAUAGUAGUGUAGAUAAAACAAGUGAUAAUAAAAAACAGGUGAAUUCAACACAAAAUGAAAUGGAUUAUCAUCAUUCAUCUGGUAAAUCUGAAUUGAAACGUAAAUUAUCUUCUACACCUCCUCGUACUCCACCUCCGGUUGUUACUUCCACCUCUAGUGAUAAUAUGAGUAAAGAGUUAUCUGGUGUAAUAGAGAAGCAGUCAUCAGACGAAGCAGCUGGUCAAGAUAAACGUACAUGCAUUGCACUAGUGAAUGGACUACUAACUACUAGAGAUGGCAAACAUUGGUUAAUUGGUAAGGAGGAGAGGCUAGAACCUGAUAGUACUCAACCUGUGAAAGAUUUUUUACGACCAUCUACUCCUCCGCCUCCUGCUCUUUCAACGAUGACAACGACAACACCAAACCAUUCAGCAAAUGGUCCAGCUAAAGAUCGUAAUCAAAAAUUUAAUCUGAAUACAAAAGUGAAUAUUGAACACCGUGUUCUCGUCAACUGUAAUAGUCAUUCGCCUAGAAUAAAUCCUUGUGAACUUAUACAAAAGUUAACUGAACGCGGUGUUACUGGUGCUUACCUUGCUGAUCCGUUAACUGCACGUCAAAUGUAUGCCAGAUAUGCUAUGUAUAACAGUAAACACUGUGAUUCUAUAAAUAACGAAGAUGUUAUUCUGUUUCCAAAUCCAAAUACAAUGAUUUGUUUGACUGAUCAUGGUAGCCAUAUCAUUGCAAUGGAUGAAAGUACGCGUACUACAAUUCGGGACACAAUUCUCCCAUUUCUACAAUAUCUGGAGACUCGUUCAACUGUUCAACUCUGA